AUGGAAAAAUACAGAGCCGCAUUUCUUCCUGUGGAUUGUAAGGCUCUCCUCGACAACGGGAAGGAUCAAUCAGGCGUGUAUACAAUUUAUCCUUAUGGCACCAUUUCAAGUCCCGUCAGCGCCCUGUGUGAUAUGGAAACACAGGGUGGGGGCUGGACAGUUAUCCAGAAAAGAAAUCGAGAUGAAAACCUUAGCUUUAUUAGAACAUGGGAAGAAUAUAAAAACGGUUUCGGAACACCACCAGGAGAUGUCUGGAUAGGAAAUGACGUUAUCAAUCAAUUGACAAAGGGAAAUGACUCAUCUCUCUAUGUAUCCAUAACUCAUGUAGAUGACACAACAAAGUAUGAAUUGUAUGAUCGGUUCUCUGUUUCUGAUGAAACAGAUAAAUACAGACUCUACCUCGCAGGACCUGCCACAGGAUCAUUAG